AUGCAUACUUAUCCGAACCCCUCUAGUAUAUAGAAACUAGUGUUUGAUCAAAGAUUUUCAUAUCUCAACAAAUGGAAGAGGUGAAAGUUAUUGGAGCUUCGCCGAGCGCAUUCUGUGUUAGAAUUGAAUGGGCUUUAAUGCUCAAGGGUAUAACAUAUGAGUACAUAGAAGAAAACUUGAAAAGGAAGAGUAACCUGCUUCUCCAAUCUAAUCCUGUUCACAAGAAGGUUCCGGUGCUGCUGCACAAUGGAAAACCAAUCUCUGAAUCUUUAGUCAUCCUUGAGUACAUAGAAGACACAUGGAAACACAACCCUUUAUUGCCUGCAGAUCCUGUCGACCGGGCCACGGUGCGUUUCUGGGCAAAAUAUAUUGAUGACGAGUGUGUGUUUAGUGCUUUGGCUGCUUACCGUGCCCAAGGACAUGAAAAAGAGAAAGCUGUAGAGUCUGCACAACAAAAACUAGAAGUUCUCAACGAGCAGGUUCAAAACAAGAAACUAUUUGGUGAAAAGUGAAAACACGAGUUUCCUCGGCUUGGUUUUGGGUCCUAUACCUCACUGGCUACAGUUUAUAGAAGAACUUGAAGGUAUAAAGCUACUUGAUCCUCGUAAGUUUCCAUCACUGUAUGAAUGGACUCAGAAAUUUGCAGAAACCCCGUUGCUCAAAGAAAAAAUGCCAAAGAAAGAUGACAUGAUCAACUACUUCCGAGCUAACCAGGAAAACGCUUAAAGAUUACAAUCCUGUUGAAUUUCCUAACUACAUAGAGGCAAAAACCUUAUAAUAAAGUUGUUAUUGAAUGCUUCGAGAAGUAUUUCCUUUAAAAAUAACGUCGAUAGCAGUGAAAUGUUGUCUUUUUUAAUAUUUA